CUCGGCGGCGGCAGUCGGGCGUGAGCGCUUGCUGGCCCCCCAUGAGCAGGCUCCGGCAGUAAACGGCGACUGGCUCGACCAGCGCCGUCGCGAAUGUACCGCGCUCCAGCGCUAGAGCGCAACUAAUGCACCGCCAUGGACCCAGUGUCCGCGGCCGUGCCAAUCGCCGUGCUCGGCUUGGGGUGCCUGCUCCUCGCCGUGGUGGCAUGGUGGCUCGCCAAGAGCCGAGCGAAGGCGCUGAAGCAGCGCAGCGAAAAGGAGGCUGGCAAGGACUUCAAAGACCUUGUUCACCAAGCCGCUUAUAUAACGGAAACGGCGGCUCAGAAUGGCAGGACGGGAAAGAGCAUCGCGGAGAGCAAGGAGAUGUGCUUCGUUGUCACAGACAUUGAGGGCUCGACGCAGCUGUCGGUCGCGGGGCGUGCCGUGUAUGACCAGCUGCUGGCCAUCCACGACCAGCUGAUGCGGGAGGGCAUCGCCAAGUUUAAUGGGACACAAAUCGUCACCGAAGGCGAUUCCUUCCUGGUAGCCUUCCCGCACGCGGCUGAGGCGGUGGCCUUCUGCCAGGACCUGCAAUUUAAGCUGCUCGAUACUCCGUGGCCUAAGGCUGUGCUGCGGCUGCCGGGCUGCGAGCCCAUAAGGAACGAAGAGGGCGAUCUGGUCCUGCAAGGGCCUCGCGUGCGUAUGGGCGUGCACUGGGCGCUGCCGGGCUUGGUGGCGUGCCGGCCGCACGCUCUCACAAAGGCGCCCAUGGUGGUUGGCAUUGCCGUGUCCAUAGCCCAGGAGAUCAGUGACGCUGCACACGGCGGUCAGAUCCUGCUAUCGCAAGAAGCAUGGAACCAGUUGCGUGGGCACAUGGCGCGUGCUGGGUUCCCCAUCGUGCGGCGGCUGGGCCUGUUCGAGGUUAAGGCGGAGGAUGGGAAGCCCUAUUGGCUGUACACGGUGGAGGGCUCCCUGCUGCGGCCCAUCAAACGCCAGACUCCACCCCCGCGGAAGCUUGUGCAGCUGUGGCCACCUCCAGGCGCCACCAUGGCAGGGGACUGGGGCUUAUACGUGACGGACCCGCCAGAGCCGCUGCCGGGCAGCGACGACUUGACGUUCGUGUCACUCCGCCUGCGCCUGCCGUCCGGCAAGCGCACACGCCGGCGCCGUUACUCAUCGCACGCAAACGUGAAUCGGACGUCGCACCACCAGGUGCCAAGCAGCGUCCUGCUGGCAAUGCAGCAGCUCUUCGUCAAGCACGCUCAGCAGUUUGGCGGCUACAUGUUCGGCUCGGACGCGCUCACGGACCGGCGCGGGUACUUCAGCUUCGGGUUUGGGUGUCCCAGCAACGCGCUCCGCUUCUGCCACACCGUCCAGGUGGGGCUGAUGUAUACCCGCUGGCUGGACGCCGCGACCGAGUACUUUGGCCAGACUGUGAUGGGUAUUGACGGGCGCCUCGUGUUCAAGGGGCCCCGCGUGGCCGCCGCCAUCCACCGCGGCCCGGACUACGACAUCAUGCCCAUAGCCUCCUACCACCCCACUGCGGCGCCCGGCGCGGACUACUGCGGUCCGGACGUGGAGCUGGCGCGCGCGCUGGCGGACGCGGCGCAUGGUGGCCAGGUGCUCAUGACCGAGGAGGCGUGGCACGGCGUGCAGGAGCUGCUGCAGGCGUUCCCCAGCGCGCUGUACACGAUCAACCUGGGCCUGCACACCGUGGCGCCCGAGUUCCGUAAGCCGCGCUACCUGCUGGAGGUGCUGCCCACGCUGCUGUCGGGCCGCUCCUUCAAGCCGCCCAGCACGCUGCAACAGCUGGAGCUGGGCUACCGGGAGGCGCCGUCGGCGCACGAGCCCAUGACCAUGGUGUUCGCCAAGGUGGCCAAGCCCACGGCGGUGUCGCGCGCGGAGGCGACCGCGGGCGACCUGGGCGAGGAGCAGGUGCUGGAGGCCAUCACCGCCUACCAGCUGGCGGUGGGGCAGUACGGCGCGCUGGCGCGCAGCCUGCUGCCCUCCUACGGCGGCUACGAAUGCAAGGAGCCGGAGCCGGGGAAGUUCACCAUGGCGUUCGGGUGCCUGACGGACGCCAUCGCGUGGGCGUGCCACGUCCAAAAGGACCUGCUGCAGCUGGACUGGCCGCCGGCCCUGCUGCGCAUGCAGGGCUGCGAGGAGGUCCGGGGGGACCAUGGCCAACGGGUUUGGCGGGGGCUGCGGGUGCGCGUGGGAAUGGCGUUCGGGUACAUCAACGUCAAGAAGCCAAUGAACACAGGCCGCGCCGACUACUUUGGCGAGCUGGCCAACACCGCGGCGCGCGUGGCGGCUCUGGCGGCGCCGGGCCAGAUCCUGAUCGAGUCCAGCCAGGUGGACGUCACCAUGCCCGACGGCACCACCCUGCUGAUGGAGGAGUUCCCCACCUAUCUGCCCGUCAAGUGGGCCGCCAGCGGCCAGCCCCGCCUUUCGGCCCCGGCCAGGCGCAACGCCUCGGACGGCGGCGCCCUGGGCUUUCAAGCCGCGGGCAGCCCGUACCCGGCCAGUCCGCGGCGUGGCCCCUCCGGCGGCGGUGCAGGCCCCGCGGCGGCCGGGCGGCAACGGCGGGCCAGCUACAGCGCGGGGCCGAGCAACAUGGUGGCCGGGAUGAAGGAUACGCCGCUGGCGCUGCCAUUCCAGCGCAAUACCAGGCUAUCGGCAGGCCUUGGCGGCCCCGACUUUGCCGGCGGCGGCGCCAACAUGCUGAGCCCACUGCAGCAGAUGCUGAUGCCGUCGCUCAGCAAGAAGCGCAUUUCGCUGCUAGAGGUGACCACGCGCUCGCUCAGCCUGGGCGCGCAGCAGCUGCUGGCGAUGCGCCGCCGCUCGCGCAACGGCUCCGUCAGCGGGGCCGCGGAGGGGCUGCAGCUCGGGCGCGCAGGCUCCAGUUCGCUGGCGCCGGUGGAGCACAUCGAGCUGCGGGCGCUGGGGCGCUUCCUGCUGCGCGGGCUGGACAACCCGAAGGUCCUGUACCAGGCGCUUCCCGACACGCUGCUGGAGCGCACGUACACCAUCGCCACCGACGCGCUGGUGAGCAUGCCCGAGACCUCAAUCACGAUGCGCGCCGCCACGCAACGCCGCGGCGGCCUGCUGGCACUGCUGCGGCGCAAGGUGAUGGGCGGCGGCGCGCGCGCUGCGCUGCUGGCGGACGACGGAGCCGGCAGCCGCCGCCGGCGCGGCGCGGCCGGCGACGCUGCCAAGCUCCAUGCAGACGACACCGGCAACGCCGCUACCGACGACGGCCUGAUUUUGAAGCCGGGUCUGCGGCACGCCUCGGACCUGGCGAACCAGCAGGCAUACCGUGCGCCCUCGACGCUGGUACGCGCGGCGCGGCAUCAUAGCACCAUCAACAUGCCGCUGCACGGCCGCGGUCUGGGGGUGGCGCGGACGAUGGAUGCGGCGGUGGCGGCCGCGUCGCUGGCGGCUGCGGGCGGCGAGUUGGCCAUGACGCGCAACCUGAAGACCUUCAACAGCAUUGGGUCCGGGCGGGGAGGCGGCGUUGGGGGGCCUACCGACACGGGCGCCCCCAGCAUCAUGCGGCGGAGCGUCACUUCGCCCCGUGCCGCAGCCGCGGCAGCGGAGGUCGCACUGCUGUUUGCACAGGAUGCCAACCUGCAGUCCCACCGACGAGCAGCAGCGCAGGCCUUCCAUGACGGGCAUAGUGCCAUGCCCCUGUCGCUGCCCGCCAGUCGGUGUAGCGGCUCAUCCUUUGGCUCGCAGCAGCGCCGCACACAGCCCGGCACCAGCAGCUACCGGCAGCCCUCCGGGCAGCGCUGCCCGGAGCCUGGCGCCAGCGAGGAUGAGGGGCAGGGCAUGGGUGGCCUCGGCUCUGGCGGCGACCACCGCGUGGCUUCGCCUGUGCAGCGGGCCUUCACGGAACAGAGCACACCCGGCGAAGAUGUGCUGGCGCAGUCGACGGGCGGUUCGCGGCCAUACGGCGCCGGCCCCGACUCCAUGUCGGCACGGCGGCAACACCUCGCUGCCAUGCGGCUCACCGCCACCACCACAGCCACCUCUAACUCGGCCGACUCGCUGCACGCACACAGCCGAGAGCUGCACCUCACAACGCGCACGGCAGCUGACGCCGGCAGCUACCUGCCCGGGCCUGGCCGCGCAGGCCAGUCCCCGCUUAACGCGUCGUUUGCUGAAGCAGCUGGCAGCGUCGGUGGUGGCGGCGCCACUGGCGCAAGCGCUGUAACAGCGGUGGCCGUCAUUGCGCCGCAGCUGCUGGCGUCGCGCAGCGGUGGUACGGGUCUCGGUGGCUCGCAGCUGCUGGGCCCGCACGGCGUGCGCUCUCAAGCGGGACUUCCGGUGCACACGCGAGCACACGAGCCAGCCACGCGAGAACAGAGUGACCCGCUCACUCCAUCCGGCUUCUCAGGAACUGGGUCGACGGUCGGCGGCCUGGUGCCGCCCAGCCGCGUUUCGGAUGCUGCGAAUGACGAGGCACGCGCACUGCCCAGCCCGCAGCCCCAAGCUUCGCCGAACGCCUCUGGGUACGGCUUUCGCGCCACGCCCGAGGGCCUUGGCAGCCAGAUCCAGACCAGCGACCCGAGCACCGGGCCGCAGACUGUGGUGGGGCCUCGUGCCAUGCACACCUCAGCCUCGGCUGCCGCCUUGCCGGGGCCAAAUGCGCUGCGGUCCGCGCCGUGGGGCGCGCUCGCGCAUGCGCCCUCCACGGCAUCGCAGGCCUCCAGCCCCACGCAGUCAAACCCGGGCGUGUCCUCGCCUGUGCCCGGCGGCAUGUCGCUUGGCAUGGGGCGGCCCGGCAGCCCCUACCGGGACCGCGCCGGGAUGCGUCCGUCGCCGCUGGGCGGGGCCACCGUGGGCUCGGCUGACAGCUUCACUGGCGGUGGCAGGCGGCCGGGCCGCAGCAUGCUGGGGCCGCACUACCUCGCGCCGCUGCUGUCCGCGAGCGCUAGUGGCCGCGUGGGCAGCGUCAGCGACAUGUCCCGCCUGGCGCCGCCGCCAAAAGUGCUGCAGCCCGGCGGCGUGGGCGGAGCGGCUGGCGCCGCCGCCGGUGCAGGCGUGGAUGCGGGCCCGCCCAGUGUCACCUUGAGGCUGCAUGGCGCCAGCCGGGGCGGCAGCGAAGCCACCGACCUGGGCACGCCAGUGGACUCGCCAGGCGCCAUGCACUCACCCUUCGCCACCAAUGCUGGCGUGCCGCUGGAGCCACGGGCAGAGGCGCACAGUCCGGGCAGCGCCCGGGCCUCCAGCUCGCUGCGGAAGAUGUUUCUGGGCACGCUCGCCAACUGGACGCGCAAGUCCAUCUUUGGGGAGAAGCCGUCAUCCUCGCCGCGCGGUGGAGCGCAAGCGGAGGGUGUCGGGGCUGCGGCGGGCAGCUCUGGCACCGGUGGAGGGUACCCAUCUCUGCCGAUGAUGUCGUCCUCGGGCGGCCUCAACCCUGCCCACACCUCCGGCACUCUGGACCUGCGCGUGCGUGCGGUGCUGCGCGCCGCCAACGCACAGGCGGCCACGUCAGAAGGCGGCAGCCGUGAACAGAGCCAGAGCGGCAGCGCGCAGCAGGGUGACUCCUUCGGCGGGGCGGGCUCGACCGGCAUGCCGCAUGCUAGCGGCGGCAUCUUUGGCGAUGGCAGCACUGCUUCCUCGCCGCCGCACUCGCAGCCGCCCGCUGCGAUGUCGCAUUCAGUGGGCCAGCUCAGCGGCACGCCCAAGCAGCCGCUCAGCCUCUGGCAGCGCAUCCGCCGCGGUCCCAACCGGCGCAAGUCCCGCCGCAUCAGCGACACCGCGUGCGACAUGGAGGCGCAGGCCGACUCCUCGCCCGCCAGCGCUCGGGAAGAGCCCCUCCCUUCCCGUGUGCGCAUGCGGGGCCCUGGCGCUAUGCGCGCCACCGCCUCAGUCACCUACCCCGCAACAGGCGCGAUGGCUGCUGCGGCUCGUGCUGGCUACGGCGACCGCAUCAUGCACGUGGCCCUGGCCGCCGCCUCGGCCAGUGGCUCGGGCAACCCUCCCGGCAGUCCGCUUGGUCGCCGGUCUGGCGGCGCGGGAGCUUCGUUGACGCGCGCCACUGGCGGCGGCGCACGCUCCAAGGCUGAGCGAGCCAUGGCGAGUGUCAUGCGCGGCGUUCGGGGCGCACGGGCGAUGGGCACCGGCGGCGGUGCAUCCGCAUCCGCCAACCCGAGUCUGGCGCACGCAAUCGCCGUGGCAGCCGCGGCCGGGGGCUCGGUGUACAGCCCACCUGGCAGCGGCCGCAGCAACCAGGUGCGCAGCGGCUCGCAGCACCACAGCCACAGCAGCAGCGCGUCCAGCAUGUAUAGCGGUACCGCCAGUCCGCGCAUGACCAUGACCGGCAACGAGCAGCACCACCACGGCGGAACCAGCAGCGGCGUGGCCACCAUGCUGGCCAACGUUUUCGGGCGCGGCCCGGCGCAGCGUAGGACACAGCACGCGCCGCAGAUGCUCAGCACGCGAUACCGGAGGCGCAGCGCCCACAUCGUGCUCAACGAGGCGGCGCGCAUGGAGCUGAUGCAGCGCUCCGCUGCUGCGACGGGUGCGAUGGACGACUGCAGCCCCGGAGUGGAGGAGGGCGGCCAUCAGACGUUUGCCGCAGCCGUGGCCCGUACCUACGUGCAGCACCGCCGCCAGCAGCAACAGCAGCAGCUGCUGCAGUCAGGCGGCAUCGCUUCGGCCUCCGGCGCCGGCUUCGUGCCGUCGGGCGGCCUCCCGGAGGCCGCUCCUGUCAUGGACCGCGUGUCAUCCAACAACGAUGGCGCAGGCUCAUACGAUCCUGGCCACGGCGACUCCUUCAGCAACCUGCCAAUGACAGCGGCUUCCCAGUUACGGCUGGCGUCCUCGAUGUACAGCGGCGGCUGGACGGCCGCUGCCGCCGUGGCAGCCGGCAUCGGCGCCACUGCCGACGACUCCUUUAACGGCGCCAUGCUAUCAGCCCUGCAGGAUGCCGCCUCGGCCCCGGCCGUCUCUUCCGGCACUGGCACGGGCGUAGGCAUUGCCAACCUGAACGCUGCCUCGAUGCAGCCCUCGCCUGGCGGCUCCUUGAACGGGCCGGCGGCGGCGGCGGCCGCGGCCGCAGCUGGCAUGAUUGGCGGCGAAAGCAGCCACUUCUUGCGCGGCAGUGCGGGCACGUCCGGGCGCCUGAGCAGUGGCCUGCUAGUCCAAAGCAGCGCCCUACCUCCCGUGGGCAAUUUGCAGCUGGGCUCCUCAGGGUUGUCGCUGCACGACCCGGCCUACCACCGUGCGCUGCAGAACGCCAGUAGUCAUCGCGCUGGCAUUGGCAGCGUCAGUGGCGUUGUGGUCGCGGGCGCGAGCGCCGGCGGCGGCCUGGGCUCGGAGGCUAUGGGCGGUGAUGUGCUGUUCAGCGCAGAGGAUGCUGGCCUGUCUUCAGCUUUCAGCGUCACAUUCCCCAGGGACGGCGGUGGCACCCCGGCGUCUGGCAUCGACACCCUCGCCACCUUCGCUGGGCACAGCGCCGCACUUGUGCCGGCUUCACUGUCGCAGAGCAUCAACUUGCGCGACACGUCUUGGGGGAAUGCCUACGAGGCGCGUGGCGCGCCUCAGCAACCGGCAGCAGAGCUGCUGCGGUCGUCUCGGUCAUCGCAGCAUCACCUGCAGCAGUCGACGCGCACGGCAUCGCUGUCGCACGUGCAGCUUGGAGGCGCACCCCAGCCGCAGGACCAGGUCACCGUGCUCAGCCCAAGCCGGCCACCCGGGCGGAGCGCGCUAAGUUUCCACGCCAGCCCAACAGCUUCCACCCUGGGAGCAGGCACCGGCGGCGGCGGCGCAGCUGGGCUGUCCUCAUUUGGCAGCGGCCCGGUUGGCUCACCGGGCCGCGUGGCAGCCGCGGGUGCUUUGGCUCGCUCCCCGCAGCAGCUGGCUCAGGUUUACAGCAGACAGCAGCGGGCGCAGGGCCAGGGCCGGGAUGAGCGCUUGCUGCCGCUGCCACCACUGCCAGUGCUGCACUCGCCCUCAAACGCCCCCCAGUCCGCAGCACACCCCAGCCCGAAGGGAUCUAACCCAAUCCAGGCGAUGAGCAUCGGUUCACCGGGCGCCGAGACAGCAGCAGCCGUUUCGGUGUCUGACAACCUAUCCAGCGUCCCAGACCUGCUGGGCCCUCGCCGGAGCGCCUACAUGCCACAAGGCGGCCGGUUGGGGGCACAUGAGUUCGCGACAACGCCGUCCUUCACGCUUGGGGAUGUCGCAAACGCCGCCUACCCACAUGAGAUGCUGCCUGUCCCCAAGGGCGGGCUGCCGAGUGGCACAUACGCAGCGCAGUUCUCGCCGCACCCCAGCAGCGCAGGCUAUGCGAAGCUAGUUAACUAUGGCUCCCCUGCGCGCACGAGCGGCGGCAGCGACUUUGCAGGCGGCUCCUCCAUGCCGCGCACCGGCCACAGCCUGACUGAUCAUGGAGUCACGCGCUCGUCUCGCUCUGAAAUGCCCGAUGCGGCAACAGCUUCCAUUCGCAACGCGCUACACCAUGACGGCACCAGCCGCAGUGGCGUGGCACCUAGCCUGCAGCAUGCCCCGCCCAUCAGCCCAGGCGCUGGCCACAAGGGCCCUGCUACCACCCCUGCCCCCGGCCACACACGUGGCCCACGCGUCAUCACAGCAUCACUUCCCGGCCCCAGCCAUCCGCUCUACUACAACACGCCGAUGAGUGAGUGGGCGGAGCCAGAGGCGCUGGCUGCGAUGACUGCAGCGGCCGAGGCCUCGACUGCCUCUGCUGCAGCGCCGCCGCGCCGUGUGGGUGGCUUCGGCCGCAAGAGCAACCGGGGCCUCAGUGUCACGCAGGGCCAGCCGUCGGCGCUAACCUCACCCGUGUCCCCAGGCUCUGGGCCCAGCAUUCCCGCGCAGCGCGACCGCCUCUCGGCGCCUGCGCCCGGCCAGAACGCGCUCGUGUGGGCUGUCCAGCAACAACAAGUGCAGCAGCAGAUCCAGCAGCAGCAGCAGCAUCUCCAACAGCAGAAGCAGGCCGCGAUGCCCCAGUCGCAGCUGGCAUCGCAUGACACCUACAUCCGUGAGCGGCUGGCGCAGUUGCGCAACAGGGCGUCGCGCGCCAUGCCUGAUCUGCAACAGCAGCAGCACCAGCUCCUGGCGUCUCAACUACAGGCGGUGCCUUACGGCUUGCAGCAGCGCGCUGCGCAGCCUGGCCAGACCAGCGCACUAUCAGCACCCGCAAUGGCGGAGCCGGCAGAGUCCCUGGACCGGGCGUCGGCUUCGCUGCAGAUGCAGUCCUCGCAGCAGCUGCCGAACUGGCGCUCACACCAGCCGCCGCACAAGUCCCGCACCUCGCCAUCCUUGGCCAACCUGCACGGUGGCAGCGAAGCGGCUGCAGACUCCAACGAUGGCCAAGACGGGCCGUACUCGGCAUAUGCCGGUCACCACAUUGCACUGGCGCCUGGCGCACCCAGCGGAGUGGCGCGUCUGCAGCAACUCGCCACCUUCCGCACCUCCAACAACGGCGGGCCGGAGCCGCCGGGCUUUCACGGGCCCUUCUCCGAGGGCCGCGUGCACAGCCACAGCGUCCGCGCCGCCGAUGCUCCCGGCUUCCUCUCAGGCGACUCCGACCGGGAGCCGCGCCGCUCCGCACAGCAGCCGCACUUCGCCCUGGUGAGCGAGGUGCACCGAGCUGACCGAGACCAGGUGCAGGCAGCCGACCCGCGCAUGUCGGACCGCAGCGCUUCCUCGCUCCAGUUCAUGUCGCGGCCAGCUUCGCAGAGCCUGCGUCAGCAGCCCAGCGUGGUGACCACGCCGCCGGUGCUCAGGACGUCGUCCAACCGGGACAAACAGGAGCCGCAGGAGGUCAUGGAAUCGCUGCAGGACCUGGAGGCCGUGCUUCGUCGUGCGGAGCGGGAGCUGGUGGCGCAGCUGGACCACGCUAGCUCCAGGGAGGCGCACAACAUCAGCCGCAUCCUGCACGAGAUCCGGCGCUCUCAGUCGCGCAACGCCUCCAGCACCAGCGGCGCAUUGGCAGUGGGCGAGCCGUCACACCAGGUCCUGCUGGCCAUGAUGCGUUCAAACUCCACGCGCUCCGAGAUCCAGUCCGCGGCGCCGCUUGGGAACUUGCACGGAGCCUCGGUGGUGAGCAGGCAGGGCUCCAUCCCUGAAGAGGAGUCCGAGCAGCCGGGGCACGCCAUGCGGACCAGCCGGCCUCCGGCCUUGGACAUUGGCUCUGUCCUCAGUUCUCCCAGCUCGGCCGGUGGCCUCGCCGUCAUGCCCGGCAGCAGCGUCGCUGGGGUUUCGCCAGGCUCCACCACGGUUGAGCUGUCGCCGAUGUCCCACACGCCGCCGCCGGCGGCGCGGCGCGGCGGCGAGGACGCAGAAGCCCCGGUGCUGCAGGCCAGCCCAGGCAGGGCAGCGCCGCGGCAGCCGCCGCAGCUGCAGGCGGCGGCUACGGUGGCUGCGGUCCCGGUGGCGCCGCAGUCACGCCCGCCCAAACGAGGGGCGGAGCUGAACGAGGUCGAUUCGCUGGAACUGCUUGCGGCCCAGCUGCACGACGGCAGCACGGACAGCGCCGGCGGCGCGGUGGCGGUGGACAUCGCGGAGGGGGCGGAGCUGUAUUCGCCGUUUGCAAGCAUACAGGCGCUGUCGGAGGACCUGCUGCGUGAGGUUAGUCAGGCCUCAGCCCGGCGCAUCACGCGCACCAGUACGGGUAGCGGGCUGGCGGUCGCUGCCGGGGCUGGCGCUGGGGGGCCGGCUGGCGUGGGCGCGGGAGCAGCGCCGCGCGACGCUGCGCAGGCGCUUGGGGCAGGCGUGAAGGACCUGAAGCCCGGCACCGUGGCCACGGGCGGUGCCAGCCUAGGUGGGGAAGCGGUCAUGUCGGGAGGCACGGCCGUGCAGAGCGGUGACAGUCAUUGCACCGCGGCGCAGAGCAUGGGCUCCUCUCAAGGCAAGCCGCACAGCAGCCUAGCGAGCAGCGACGCGCAUACCGUGUCCACCAGUACUAUGCUGCAAUCGGUACGGAUGAGCCAGAAUGCCUCCUACAGCGUCCAGAAGCUCGACAGCAGCAGCGCCGACGCGCAGCGCCCCUCGGCACGGCCCGCCGUGCCACCUGCAUCCGGCCUCAACUCACCCGCUGCCGCCGCACUGGCGGCAGCCUCAUCCCCGCCUGCGGGGCUGCGCCCGCUGCGCGUCCCGGCGAGCAGUGCCGCGGCCGCCGCCUCCACGGCGUCAGAGCUAGGCGGCGGCGGCGGCGGCAACCGGCCGCCGCGUGAGCUGAACCUGGCUAUGCAGCCGUCCCAGGCCAGCGGCGGCGGCGCCGAUGCCCCGUCCGAGGCGUUGCGAAUGCAUGGCGGCGCACCGAGCAGCACGUACAGCGGUGCCAUCAGCGGCCUUGGGUUGAUGCUAGACCUGGAGAGUGGCUUCGGCUCGCCGCUGCCCUCGUUCGACGUCGUCACCGGCGCCAUGAUGCGGCCCCUCAACUCGAUGGGAAGCGCCGGCGGCAGCACCGCCGGCCACGGCAGCUCGCAGCACGGCGGGUCCAUCCAGCUGCUGGCCGGGUCGGUGCUGCUGCACUCCCAGUCGGUGGGUGGCGUGUCCACCGCGUCGCUGCUGGCGCCCGAGCGUCCGCCCCUGCAAUUAAACAUGCACAGCGGCGGCGUGGUCUCGGCAUCGCUCACGGGCCUGACCAUGCCGGCGGCGCUGCUGCCGCCCUCACCACCGGGCAGCAGCCGGCGCGCCUCGCACCUGCGGCCGGCGGCGGUGCAGGCGCUGAUAGCGCGCGAAAUGUCUGGCGGCAGCCUGCAUGGCAGCGCCUCCAUCACAGCGGCGUCCCUUGCGGAUGGAAUGGUGGGCUCCAUGGUGGGCUCGCCCACCGGCGCCGGCGGCGCCCUGGGCCUGGAAGCCGGGGAUAUCGGCGCCACCACGGGCAGCGCCAGCAUGGGCGGUGCCGGCGACGGGUCCGCCAGCUCGCACGCACCGCCCAGCGUCGGGCUGCUGCUGCGCGGCGGCUCCGGGCGGGCGUCCAAUGCCACGGGCCCCUUCAGCUCGUCGCUGCUGGGCCGGCGACACAGCCACAGCACGGGCCAGCUAGACGGCGGCGGCGGCGGUUCCCUCACAAUGGCGACACCGCUGGUGCUGGGCGUCGUUGAUAUGCGCCAGAGCCAGGGCCGCGGCAGCAGCAGCAGCACGACGCAGGACAUGGAAGAUGGGGAGGCUGAGCGCGAGUCUGUGGUGGAGGUGGAUACGGGCCCCGGGGCAGUUGCAGGUGUGGUCCAGGCCGCCGCACCAGCAGCAGCGGCUGAGGCGGUGGUAGCUGCACGUAGCCAAGCCGCGGCUGCCGCCGCCGCCCUCGCUAGCGAGGAGACGGGCGACGAGCUGCAACCCGCGCGCGUGGAUGCCGCGGGCGCAGCGCAGUCGCACGCCGCCGCGUGGCGCGCUGCGCAGCAGCAGGCGAUCGCGGCGGCGCAGGUCAGCGCCGCUACUGCCAAUGCCGCCGCCAGCGCGCGAUCUCUCUCGGGCGGCACGCGCACCGCGGUGCACGGCAGCAGCUUCGGCGGCGGCUUCAGCUACGGCGAGGAUGACGACGGUGAGGAUGCAAGCCUGUACUACGAUGGUGACCGGCCCUCCGUCGCCACCGUCAACUUCAGUGACCGCACCUCGGCCUUUUCGCUGAGGUCGCUUCAGUCCGGGACGGACCGCACCUCGGCGUUCUCCUACUUUGGGCCAUCCGCCUUCAACACCGCCUCCGGUUGGGCCAGCGGGCGCCCCAGCGACCGCUCCAUUCGCAGCCACCUGUCCGCCUCGGCGCGCGCGUCACGCGACGCCGCCGCCGGCAGCCCGCACGCCGGCGCCAGCCGCACCAGCGCAGGAGAAGGCGAUGGCGACUCGGAGCUCAGCACGGAGGAGCAGCUGUUGCUGUGGCGCCGGCCGCCGGGCGGCUUCCAAGGCGGCGGCGGCGCAGCGGCGGCGGCGGCGGCCGCCAAUCGGGCCUUCACCCGCAAUGCCGCCGGUCAGCGCAGCUUCACUGCCAACACGCGCCCAGGCGCGGCGCUCUCGCCGCCCGCGCUGGCAGCCAUGUUCAGCGGGGGAUCCGCGCAGGAGCCCGCGGCGGCCGGGGCGCGGGUGCUGGACCAGCGGCGCAGCCGCAGCCUCACGGUCAGGGCCGGCGCCAGGGCCGCUGCCGCCGCCGCAGACGACGCCAGCGAGCCCAGCUCCUCGGGCCAGGGCACGGAGACGGGCGCGGUGCUGCUGGAGGAGGCGCGGCUGUGGCAGGAGCCGCCGUUCCCGCACGGCCACGCCCGCUCGGCGCGCCGCGGCGGCAGCUCGGCCAUGAACUUUGGCGCCAUGAGCGUGGUGCCGGAGAUGGAGGGCGAGGAGCACAGCGGCGGCCUGGUUGGCCACCACAGCUCUGAGGCGGUCAGCGGCGCCGGCCUGGCUGCAGCGGCGCCGGCGGGAGAGGCACAGGGGGAGGCAGUGGAGCUGGAGUGGGGGCGGGCGGUGGCCGGCCCGAUCCGCUUGGGCAUGCAGGCGCCGCGCGCUGAUGCUGAUGUUGGUCUGGGGCCCGAGGCGGUGGGGCAUGCUGUUGAGGCGGGGAUUGGCGCAGGAGCGCCGUUACGGCAGAUGGCCGGCGAGCAGCAAUAGUUGCACCAUAGCGAUGUGCGGGCGCAGGCUUGACGGCGACGUUGCGCUUGCUGCUGACGCCCAACUUUACCGUAAAGGGUUCACAAGCGAGCACUAGUUGAGCUAGAAAGGCAGUGAUUUGGCAAUGAGAUUACUGAUGACGGUGGGUGUGGUGAGAAGAUUAACGCAUGCCGUUGGCUCGUUGGACGCACACGCUCGAAUGGCUGCUAAGGGCCGCAGGGGUUCGAUAUUGGUCCCUAGCCUUGAAGUCAUACCGGGAAGGGACGCACAUACAUACUUGAAAUUACAUGGGCCACAGCAGUUCAGGCAUCGAGGGAAGCUGGGUCCCCACAAGGAGCGCGCUCAGUACAUCUGCACGUGAAGGAAUUCGGUAGCACUCGAUUACUGGAUGAUCAGGUUGACCGUUGGUAGUUGCUCGUGUUAUAACUUUCCAGGGUGUUAUCCCACGGUGUUAUCCAUCACCUAUGAUUAUGCUUUAUGACUUAGGCAUGUACGGGGCGGCCGAUGAAAUGUUUCCGGCAUCAAACAGCCCAAAGCAUCUUUGCGAAGGGCGGCCGAGUGCAGCCAGCCCCAGCGGGGUUAUUGACACAUUACGGCAUAACUAUAUGCGGCAUGCGUGGGCAUAAAAAGGACUGCUUGGGCGCAGACAGUGCGAUAGUGGGUGUUGGCCAUUGCCGUUAACGCUGGGCGAUAUGCAGUUGGGUACCUGCCCGCGCCUCUGGCGUACGGUUGACGUAGUUGACACAUUUUUUGAUGCCUUGUUGGUUAGGCCUGGCGUCCGCCAAGUACCGUAUAGCACUGACCAUCGAGGAACGCCUCCCACACCCCUUGGGGGGCUGCAAGACUUCUGGAGCUCUCCAUGGGAGAGACUGUAAUGGCAGUUGCGA